AUGGAGGAUCACAUGACCAGAAUUAACAUGUUUUCUUCGGACAUCUCCAAUGACUGCACAGAUGGAACUCAGAACUCAGAAAAAAGUUCAUUCCAAGAUAAAGCCAUCGGCCAAGGUCUGCUUUGUCAAGUGUGUUCAGAUUCCAGCAGUGGUAAACACUACGGCAUCUACGCCUGCAACGGCUGCAGUGGCUUCUUCAAGCGCAGCGUCAGACGUAGACUCAUAUACAGGUGUCAGGCCGGAACUGGCAGGUGCCAUGUUGACAAGGCCCAUCGCAACCAGUGCCAAGCUUGUCGACUAAAGAAAUGUCUCCAAGCUGGCAUGAACAAAGAUGCUGUGCAGAAUGAGCGACAGCCCAGAAGCACAGCACAUGUCAGUCUUGACUCCAUAAGCGUGGACGAUAAAAAGGAGCACUUGGCCACCACACGUGAACUCACCUCCUCUGCCGCCUACUCGUCGGCCGUCUGCAGACCUCUGGUCACCUCGUCCGUCACCUCCUCUGCCUCCAUACAGCCCUGCGGCAACCCCAACAACAACCACCGCUUCAUGGUCAGCUUACUGACUGCUGAGACCUGUGCAAAACUGGAACCUGAGGAUGUGGAGGAGAAUAUCGAUGUGACAACCAACGAUUCAGAGAGAGAUCGGACUCCCUCUGACUUCCGCUUGUCCCCGUACACUGCCAGCUGUUCAGAGAGUGUUUAUGAGACUUCGGCACGACUCCUCUUCAUGUCCGUCAAGUGGGCAAAAAACUUGCCUGUUUUCGCUCAGUUGCCAUUUCGGGACCAGGUGAUUCUUCUUGAAGAAGCCUGGAGUGAGAUGUUCUUCCUGUGUGCCAUCCAGUGGUCUCUACCCAUGGACAGCUGUCCUCUCCUGUCUCUUCCUGAUCUGUCCCCAACACAAAAGACCAGGAUCGGCCUCCCCAGCAGUGACCUCAGCACCCUGGAGGAGGUCUUCAAUCGCUUUAAGGCUCUGGCUGUUGACCCCACUGAGUUUGCUUGCCUGAAGGCCAUUGUACUAUUCAAGCCAGAGACACGUAGCCUCAAAGACCCAGAGCAGGUGGAGAAUCUGCAGGAUCAGUCGCAGGUGUUGUUGGGUCAGCAUAUCCAUUCAAUCUACCCCGGCCAGAGCGCCAGGUUUGGGAGAAUGUUGCUUCUGCUGCCAUCGCUCCGCUUCGUGAGCUCAGAGAAAAUAGAGCGGCUGUUUUUUCACAUGACCAUAGGCAGCACGCCCAUGGAGAAGCUACUGUGUGACAUGUUCAAAAACUGA